AUGGUCGCUCAGGAGUUGAACAGAGCUGACAUCACCAUGCAUGCGUUCUUCAUUGGCAUGCUAAUACUACACAGAGCAAUGACCUUCCUCAAGGCCUCAGGAGAACCCCCUGAAAGUCCACGCCACUCAGUAUCUUUGGGCAGGCUGUCAGUGCAGUCCCGCACAUUGGACACCCUGAGUUUGGGAGUCUCAAGGGUCAAACGUGGAUUCUGCCUUCUGCUCUUCUGUGGACCACCCCCUCCGUCACAGAGUUUGCCUGAACCUCGGCCACGUUUCAGUCCGGUCUGGUUAUCAGAACCGCUGAGUCUCAAGUUUGCAGCUUGCUCCGUUCAUUUCCGUCAUCCCACCGCUGAGGAGAAGCGUCUGCAGCCAUCCUUCAUAUCGGGAGGGAUGAGCUGA